AUGGCGGCGAUCAUACAAGAAGGCCAGAUGUCUGCCCCUACCCAGGGCGGACUCUUUCAAGGGAAAAGAUUCUGGUUGUCAGCGAGAGUUCCCAUGCGCAAAAGAUUUACUGAACAGAUCAAAGUGAAUGGUGGAAACGUUGUCCUUAGUGAAAAGGAUGCCGACAUACUUAUCGUGGAUCACUUAAGGGACCAUACAGGCGACACGGCGUUCUCGUACAAAUUUAUUGAGAAAUCCAUAGAAAAUAAAAAACUGGAAGACUUGGACGAUCACAAAGUUGUGCCCAUGGGAAAGAAAAAGACAUCAAAGGCCAGUGGUCUCAAAGGUCGCAACACUUUUACCAAAGAAGAUGACGACAUUCUCUUCAAAAAACUGGCAUCCGUUGAUUCGGGCUAUCAGGGCAAUAAAAUCUAUCAGGAGCUCCACGCGGAUCAUCCGCACCAUACAAUGCACAGCUGGCGAGGCCGCUGGGUUGACCAUUAUUCUAAACUCGAGGAGUCCCGGUUAAGGUUAAAAAAUUUGAAAAUGACAAGGGAUCAACUGGAAGCUGAAGCGGAAUCGAAUCAAAUAGAUCUGACAGCAAGUGACGAAGAACCAGAGGUUAUUCCAGCUAAAAAUGGUUUGGAAACAUUUACCAAAGAGGACGAGGCUAUCUUACAGAAAAUGGCUUUUGAAAUAUUAGAAAGUUCUGGUGGCACAAUUUAUGAGAAACUGGGUAAACGAAACCCACAACAUACCCCCGAAGAGUGGUCCGCCUAUUUCAACAAGAUAAUGCUUCCUAGGAUCGCUCACAAGGGUACAAAGAAACCAUCAGGCGAGUCCUCAUCUAACGAUCACGAUGAUGAGUCCGAAGAUGAGGAACAGCCAAUAGCUCCUAUUAGCGAGGGGAGGGUUGUUUCCAAGUCUGUUCGGAACAUUGAAGAGGCGCUUGAAUCAACCCCAAGCUCUCUUAAUCUAAAGGGCAAAAAGUUACAGCCCCCCGUAAACACCCAAUCCCCGCUACGCACUAUGAGUGUGAGAGAAUCACCAAGACACUGGAGUAAGGAGGGAAAUAAACCAUUGGCAGAACUUCAACCUCACAAGAAUGCAACUAAUCCUUCAAUUGGGCAAAUAAAACCUACCACGAAGGAUAUUUCAAAAGCCAUUGACGAAACAAUAGCCACAGAUAUCCCAGAAAACCUGAUACAGCAAAAACAACGAAAGAAAGACGAACCCAAUAAGGGCAAGGCCCCUGAAAUCACUCCUCUAUCUCAUGAUAAAGUCCAGUCUGAUAUUCCACAAAAUAACCAAAAACGGAAACGUGAAAAGGAACCCCCUCCACCGGAGCAGAGAAAAAGAAAAAGAAAUUUUCACGAUGUGAUCGAAUCUACGCCUGAGGCUGAACCAAUCAUACAAUCUCGUGUGCUCUCUCCAGAACUUGGUGAAAGUUCCCAGAAGAGUUCCCCGCCUGUUAUCAAGAACAAAGGGAAGUACGGUGAAAUGAGCACACAGGCGUUAUAUGAUCAGCUGGAUGGGGGGGAGUUACUCGCAGAUAUGGAAUUCCCUGAGUUGGAACUUCCAAGCACACCUACUUCUAGUCCUGCAGCACCACCACCGCCGCUCCCGAAAGAACAGGCUACCACACCAACUAAACCCUUGCCGAAAGCCCCUGCAUCUGCAUGGGAAUCUUCGCCUACUUCCCCUAAAGAUGGCGACUCGGGUAGCAUAAUGGAAAUGAGUGUAUUUCUUGACUAUUGCCAGGAGAAAUAUAGGACAUCGGAAAAAAAGGUUAUCGACGCAAUUGAGAGAACUAACGGGGUUAGAGCGUUGGUAGAGGUGAUAUUGAGAUGCGAUGCCGCAGGGAAAGCGCCGCCUGAUCUCCCAGGGAUAUGGACCCGAGAGCAAGAUCAAAUUCUCCUGGGAGCAGAUGGUAAGGGAAUAAAGGAGUUGGCGGAAACUAAAGGGGAACAAAUGAUUAAGAGGAUGGAGUUUUUGAAUAUGUGGAAUAGGGCUUGA